AACCUCUUCCGUCUUUGUGUCCUCGCCAUUUUGAAUUGCGUGUUGAUCGCUGCUCUGGUCAGCUAACAUGUUGGCCUGACCGCUAAUAGAACUUAGAAAAACGACCUAAAGAAGAAUAACUUGCUUUGGGCGAGUUUUACUCAGGGGUUUGGAGCGUUUGCUAAUCCGGCAACCUUCCCCCAUGAUUUGUCCCUGCAGCUGAUAAUUUGUAAAAAGACAACUAUGAUGCCAAAGAAACGAGCCUAGCUAGUAGUUAGCCAGAACAUCAGCACCGGCGGGCAGCAGAGCAUCGGUUCAUCAUCACAUUUGGACUGGAAAUAAAGUAAUCUGUUCUCGUUUGGUGUCAUGCCAGAGACUCUAUCAAGCUGAUUUGUAGACACAACUUAGAGGAGAAAUGUACCAGCUUCCAGUUAACAAUCUCUCAAGAAUCAGGAAAGCCAGGAAAAAGGUGAAAAAAACUCUUGAGGACAUUGGACUGCAGUUCUGCAAGGAGGCUGCAGAAGAAUUUAAAGAUUUUUGCCCAGAUGAAGAAACUGUGAACGAUGCCCUUUCUGUUGACAUCUUCUCUUGGGAUCCAUCAAACUCUAAAAUACAAAAAUACAGGUCAAAGACAUUUUGCUGCUCGGAGUGCUCAUUUUCUUCAAAAUAUUACUCUGGCUACAAGAACCACUUUCGUCAUGUACACAGAAAGCUCCUCGACAAAAGCAUCCUGCUUAACUGUCCAUACUGUGCAUUCAUCGCAAACAGGGGGACCAUGGAAACCCAUGUUAAAAUAUUCCAUGUACCCAUUGCUUCAUCUCUGUCCUAUGGAAGUCCACAACAGACAUUGCCGGAAAGAAAAACAAAUCUUGAAAGCAACACAGUGGGACAAGGACUGAAGACAAUCAUUUUCUACUGCAAGAAAUGUUCACUGCGGGAUCCUCUCUAUGAUGUUGUCAGAAAGCACAUCUACAGGGAACAUUUCCAGCAUAUUGUCUCACCAUACCUUAGUAUGACAGCAAAAUCAAAAGUAAAAAAUGGAGCCAGCUCUGCCAACAACAUCCUCUUUUGCAAACAGUGUCAGUUCUGUUCGCGUAGCUAUGAGGCAUUAGUGCAGCAUGUUUUAGAUUACCAUGAACGCAUUGGCUCACAAGUGUCAACCAUGAUCGGACAUGCUAGUGUUUUAGCCCCCGCCUUUUAUCCUGCAUCUGUAGGUCACAAGACGUCUUUGGUCGUUGACAACAGCCAAACACUUCGAUCUCAGCUAACUGUCCAGCCUGCAGUUAGCUAUCUACAGUCCGCACCUUCUAUAGUUAAAAACAAGUCUACCUUGCCCAUGAUUGAGAUGCGUGCGCCUGUUACUGGCCACAGCACCGCACUUGAAAAUAAUGGUACUGGAGUGAACACUGCCCAAACACAGAAGUGGAAAAUAUGUACCGUCUGCAAUGAGCUCUUCCCAGAAAACCUGUACAGUGCUCACUUUGAGAGUGCUCACAAGGCCAAGAAGGUGUGGGCUCUAGCCAAGUACAUUAUGAAAAUCCACAACUUCACCAGCAAGUGUUUGCUUUGUAACCGGUAUCUUCCCAGUGACACGCUGCUUAACCACAUGCUCGUUCAUGGGUUAACUUGUCCUCAGUGUCACACUGCGUUCAACAGUGUUGAGAAAAUCAUAGAGCACACCGCUCUGGCACACCCUGAAGAGUAUGUGGGACCCCCUGGUGCAUCACCGCUAACUUUUGAUCUCACCUUUAAACAGGGAAGAUCUGGUAAUAUUCAACUAGCUGUCCUUACUUUUAACAUGAAAGAAUCAGUCAAUGGUCAAAAUCAGGCUGCUCCAAUUCGGAAAAACCUUUCAGUUCCCGUGAAACUACCCCCCGUCAACAUGAUCGACAAGGCCAAAACUUAUGCUACACUGAUACACAACACUGAAGUUGGAAAAACGGUUUGUCCUCUGUGUUUCACAAUUCUCAAAGGCCCGAUCUCUGACUCCUUGGCCAUGCAUCUGAGGGAGAGGCACCAAGUCAUCCAGACACUGCAUCCUGUGGAACAGAAGAUGACAUACAAAUGCAUCCAUUGCUUAGGAGUUUACACUAGCAAUAUGGUAGCCUCCACAAUCACGCUGCAUCUGGUGCAAUGCAGAGCUGUUGGGAGGAACCAGGCAAACCAAGGUGUCAAGUCUGGACUGACUGUUAACUCGUCAGGAGCUGGCAUUCUCAAGAGACAGCAACCCACACAGGGCUCCAUAAACUCCAAGAGGAUGAAAGUAUCCAAUGCACAUGACAUGUCAGACAAAGCUACAUCUGACGGCCUUGCAUUGGACCCUACAGGAUACAGGCACAAGACGUCUAAGGUCAGAAGAGAGUUCCUGACCUCUUACUUCAACCAGCAACCUUACCCAUCUUCACAAGAAAUCGAAAAGUUAUCUACGAGCCUGUGGGUAUGGAAGGCUGACAUUGCUAAUCACUUUUCUACAAUGCAAAAGUUGUGUGUAAGAAAGUGCAGGACCAAAAGGGUCUAUGUCAAACUUGGCUUUGACAUGCACAUUGUAAAGAGAUAUAAACACAACUUGAUUUUUGACAAAGGAAAGCUUGUUGGAAUUUCAACCAGGACUCCUGGCUCAAGGAUAAAUGUUCCCAACAAUCAAAAAUACAGGAGGAGUCUUAAACCAGUCCCUGCCUUAAAGCCCUCCACCUGCACAGAAACCAUUUCCAUUGACUCGGAUACAGAUCCAGAGACGGAAGAUGUAGUGCUAGUGGACGAGGUAAAUGUGAAGGAGACCUCUGUGGAGUUGAGCGUUCCCCCAAGUGACAUGGAAAGCUCUGCACAAGAUGAGAAAGAAAAUGAAAGUUCUCUGUCAAUUGUAAUAGAAAUUCAAAGCCCCCAGCAGGAUGAGAAAGAAAGUCAAAGCCCCCAGCAGGAUGAAAAGGAAAUUCAAAGCCUCCAGCAGGAUGAGAAGGAAAUUCAAAGCCCCCAGCAAGAUGAGAACGAAAUCCAAAGCCCACUGCAGGAUAAGGAAGAAAUUCAGAGCCCCCAGCAAGAUGAGAACGAAAUCCAAAGCCCACUGCAGAAUAAGGAAGACAUUCAAAGCCCCCUGCAGGAUGAGGAAGACAUUCAAAGCCCCCUGCAGAAUAAGGAAGACAUUCAAAGCCCCCUGCAGAAUAAGGAAGACAUUCAAAGCCCCCAGCAAGAUGAGAACGAAAUCCAAAGCCCACUGCAGGAUAAGGAAGAAAUUCAGAGCCCCCAGCAAGAUGAGAAUGACAUACAAAGCCCCCUGCAGAAUAAGGAAGACAUUCAAAGCCCCCUGCAGGAUGAGGAAGAAAUUCAAAGCCCCCUGCUGGAUAAGGACCAAAUUCAAAGCCCCCAGCAAGAUGAGAACGAAAUUCAAAGCCUCCUCCAAGAUGAGAAAGAAAAUUUGAGUUGUCAGCCAAAUGAGAAAGAAGACCAAAGCCCUCAGCAAGACGAGAAAGAAAUCGAAAGCUCUCCGCGAGAUGUUACAGAAAUCACUGAAGAAAAUGAGAACUUUCUGCAAAAUGGCAAAGAAAACAUUGGAGAAAAUGAAAGUUCACCGCAAGAAGAGAUAGCGAAUUGGAGCUCAAUGCCAGGUGAAACAAAAAAUGAGAGUUCUCUUCAAGAUGACAAAGAAAAUGAGAGCUCUUUGCAUGAUAAUAAAGAGAAUGCUGGCAACAAUGACAUUUCCCUGUAAGAUGACAUGAGAACUCUGCAAGACAGAAAAUGCAGGUGUGCACCUGUCUUCAAAAUAAAGCAGUUAGCUGUAGUGGAAUUUAAAACAAAAAGAUCUCUGGUAAAACUUCAUGAAAAUGAAAUUGGAACUCUUAACUUUUUGAACGCAUACAUUUAAGGGAUUAUUCUACAUUAUACUGUAUCUCAUUAAACGUUAUGUUAGUAGUUUUGUAUAUACUUAGGUCAUUGUUAGUUUCUUUGCAUUUUGUAUUUACUGGUUAUUGUCACAUCUUUGUAAUAUUUUACUUGUUUACUUUUUUCCAUUUGGCUAAAAUGAACUUUUAUGUUAUUUCACUUAUAGAAAAUGUACAAUAUGUCCAAAGUGUAUGUAAAUGAUUUAUGAUGUGUUAAUAAAAGUUUUUUGAUGUA